CAGCACCACGAUUAUCAAUGGCGUGUCCGAGCUCAAGGUUUUUAAUCUUGGUUUGAGCUAAUCUGCUCGCGAACCUAAAUGCUCCGACUCGAUCUCCGUCGAACUCGUCGAAGGCCAUCGACGAGCGUAGCUUAUCUCGAUAUCAGGUGUAAUGUAGCGAGUUAUUAAUAUCCGCAGUUCCGCUCGUUCCUCUAUGCUCACUCGUCAUGUCGGCGGCCAAGAGCGAAGAUAGCAGCAACGAUAAUCUGAACAGGCAAGGCUCGUUCAGGAAGCUCGUGCCAGGGAGCAGCAACGGGGACUCUCCGUUGAGCAUGUCUGUGAAAAUCGUAGACAGACCGGUCGUGUCGCAGACCAACAAGCAGCACGCCAUUUUCUUGCAGGAAUACAAUAUUCUUUCCGAGUACAAAAUGUUGUGCUCCCAGGACUUGAAGGGGACCUACGUGAUACCGUCCGCUUUCAACCCCUUUCUGUGGUUUGGUGUACUGUUCAUUCGGCAAGGAGUCUACAAAAGCGGAGUUUUUAGAUUCACCAUUACGCUGCCUUCGAACUUCCCAGUCGGUGAUUGCCCUAAAGUUGUGUUCGAAACUGAAAUCUUCCAUCCGUUGAUAAAUCCAGAAAACGGAGAGUUGUGCACGUCGUGGGGAUUUCCCGAGUGGAGAAGGAACAAUCGAAUUUGGCAAUUGUUACAAUAUAUCUCCAAGAUAUUUGUUAAACUGGACACGAAAAUGACUUCGGUAAACGAGGAGGCGUCUAGCUUGCAGGAAAAUAAUUUUGAAGCUUUCCGAGAACGCGUGAAAGCUUGCGUGAAGGGAAGCGUGAAUCAAGUGUUCAAUCCACCUACCAUAGACGAUCCACAUUAUAUUACGUUUAAUCCAUACCUGAACGAACUUCACGAUCCGAUCAAGCGGGAAAUCUACGAGCCAAAGGACGAAGAGGAAAAUAAGCCACUGGGUUUAUCGUGGGUACAACCCGGCUCGCUUCAGCCAUUUUCGAAACCAGAAGCGAGAUAAUGAAAGAAUUCUAAACGCUGAUAGUGAGACAACAUACGUCCUUGUAUGAGCUGUACGAAGAAAUCGUUACUCCCCCCCUCCUCUCUCUCUCUCCCUUGGCAAUCAUGCAGGCGAUAAAAUCACAAAAUUGAUCAGAAAAUCUAUUUUUUUAUUCAGAGAGCAUACAUGUGUCUUAACGUUUUAUAUGGAUCUAUAUGCGUUGAAGUGAUAGAUAGGUACUUACAAUUAGAUAGAUAGA